ACUGGCCACUACCGGUGGCAACCGUUGCUGGUGGUGGUGUGGUUUUACGUAUCGUACGGCAACGGUUAGGUUUGCCGCGGAGUGCGCCCAUUUUCGAGGGCUCCAUUACCGUUGCGGACCGAGCAGGCACCACAAUCAUUCGAACGCGCUUUAAGGGUGAGGACUUACCAGCUACCGGCGCAUCGCGUAGCAAACAGUGGAAAACAGACAACACCACGCCUGAGGUGGAACACAGAUAACAGGAGAACGUUUCAUCGGUGUGCUAGAUAUCACAGCCUCCGGAUAACAAGACGGACAGUUGUGUGCGGAUCGUACACCGGAUGAGACCGACGAACCGACGGUGCAGCAUCCACGGGAUGUUGAUCUUGUGACCGGGGCCAGAUAGCCGUUAUUUGUGUUGUUGUGUGCGUGUGUCCAACCAAGUGAGCUUCGAAAGCAAGCGACCAGCGGAGUACGUGUGAAUUACGCGGCAUUGAAAGUUCGGCAAACCCACCCUAAUGCUAGUGUGAUUCCCGGGAUUGUAUGUAAAUUUCACCCUCAGCAAACCUCCCACCAGAGAUAGUGAUAGCUUCGGAUCGGAUCUUGAUCGCAUCAGGGCGGUUCAAAGUCGAAACCUCACUAUUAUUAGCAGUUAGCGCGCCGAUCAAGCCACUACAACAACACGCCACCGAACCCACAUUUGGUGUGCCCCGAUAGUUUUCCGUGUUCGGUGCGCUCUCGAUCGUCCGUUGGCGCGAGAUGGUGGUGGCACGAGAAGAACCACCGCGCGGCGUCGGAAGGCGGCGUCCACUUUCGCCUAAAAAUAAGCAGCUGCUUAAGGCCGUCUGCCUCUGCGUACUGUUAGCCCUGCCGGACGUAGCCCUCGGCAGAAAGGUGGCCCUGUCCCGCGUCACGAAACCGACCGGACACCGUGGUUACGCGAAUGCGGACAUUGCCAAGCUAAGCUAUUCGCCGAGCCAUUCGGCACCGGCCUCGGCUGCGAAACCGGCGGCACCCGUGUACUCGUCGGCACCAGCCGCACCUCCGGCCGCAGCACCACACUUCCCGCCGGGUGCUGGCGGAGCACCACCAUCCUACGGCUGGAACGUUCCUGGAGCGCAUGGUGCACCUGGCGCGAGUGGUGGUGUAUACCCGGGAGCGGCAGCGGCUGGAGCUGCUGGAACGGGACUGGUCGCGAGCAACGUUUACCGUUCGCAUGGGCACAACGCAACGGGAGGAGGAUUUGGCGGUGGUUUGGCACACUCUCCGCCGGGAGCUUACCCCGCCUAUCCGGCCCAACCCGCCCAAGGAUUCCCGGGAGCACCGGUACAGCAUCCGGGCGGUGGAUUCCCAGCUCCGGCGUAUCAACCACAGCCACAGGGUGGAUACGUUCCACAGCAGCCGGGUGGAUUCCCGCACCAACCGUCGUACGCGCCCGGAGGACAUUACGAUCAGGGUCAACCACACUACCAGGGACACCCGGGACAGACGGUUGUGCAUCACUACGAGCAGCCUGCGAGCGGUGGCAGUGGCAUUGGAACGGUUCUCGGAGCGGGUGUCGCUGGUCUGGCGGCGGGCGUUGGUGGUGCCGCCUUGUACGAUGCACUGAAACCGAAAGACUCCAAGGAAGAACCGGCCGCGGCAGCAGCCGCUACUACUGCUGCUACAGCGACGACCGGUGCUAUUGCGGCUCCUGGCGAGACACCAGCUCCAGCCCCCGCAAACCCCAACGGUGAUGCUCCUCUCGCUCCGCUACCAGCGAACCCGAACGGUGAUGCACCACUAGCCCCGAUGCCAACGGAAGCCACACCACUGGCAACGACUGCCGAGGGUGACAGUACGGCAGCCACCUCAACCACGACCGGAAGCAGCUCAUCGGAGAACCCGCUCGGUAUGGCACCGCUGGCUCCGAUGCCCGAUUCAGCUCCUGCAACCCCAGCCGACGGUACCCCGAACGUGUCCGGAUCCGACGUAGAAGUGCGCCAUUCCGCUCUCAACGUACAGCCUGAUCUGUCCGCUUCGAUGGCUGAGCCUGCGAGUGGUGGAGCUACCGGCUCCGUGCACCUUUCGUCCGCCAUCUCGAUGAUCGCGCUACUGCCGGUGAUCGUCAAAUAUCUCCGUUUUUAGGACCUAACCAUCCUUCUCGCAGCGGUCACGUGUACAUAUCGAAAAUUCUGCUGCAGAGGACUUAUUGCUGUGCCACUACUUUUUCGUAGUUUAUCGGGCGUAUGCGGAAAGCGGAAGGGAGGAAGAAGGUACUGGGCGCAAGGGCAUUCGUACCCGACCAAGUAUUGUUUUUUUUUGUUGUUUGUUGUAUAUGUUAGUAGCGUAAUCGUUAGUUUGGAAAACUGCGCACAACGCAGGGUCACGAAGACCGGAUCCCGGGGCCGUAAGCGUAUCACACGAAUGUUCAAUGUUUGAAUUUUAACGACGAUAUGUAAUAAAUAAUUUUACCAACGAAAAACAA